GUCGGCACAGGGCUCUGAUAAACACUUAUUACCAAAUCGUGAUUCGGUGAAGGAAUUUUGUGUAAAAAAGGUUUUAUUUUCGAGGCAUACGUAUUAUAUAAUAUUUAAUUCAAUAUAAUCAUGCAAGGACUUGGUUUACAAAGUAUUAAAAAGAAUCCAGCACUUAUUCCGCUCUACGUCUGUGUUGGAGCUGGAGCUUGUGCUGCUGUAUUUUACAUAUUCCGUUUGGCUACCAGAAAUCCAGAUGUAACAUGGAAUCGUUCAUCCAAUCCAGAGCCAUGGCAGGAAUACAAAGAUAAACAAUAUAAGUUUUACUCUCCUAUCAGGGACUACAGCAAAGUUAAAUCUCCAGCACCAAACUAUGAAGAAUAAUAAGAAUACUUAUUUUCAAUAUACCUAAAUUUUAGUCGCUGCAAUAAAGGAUUAAAAAAGUUUUAACUUCAAAAAAA